UCUCGAGGUUGUUGCGAAGAUGGCUGCGUCGGUGGACGGCGUCUCGCAGCUGGUCUCGGACGUGACCUGCUCUCUGUGCCAGGCUAUCUUCGUCGAUCCCGUGGAGCUGGAAUGCCAGCAUUACUUCUGCCGGGAAUGCAUCACCAGACACUGGGAAGAGCAGGGUAAGCACAUCUGUGCCCUGUGCUGGGACAUCUCGCUUGAGGGCAUCUUGAGGAGAAACCGCAAGCUCUCGAACAUCGUGGCGACGAUCUGCCGGGAGCAGGCGCGGCUGGAGGAGACUGUCCCGCCUCACCACCGCUGCCCGGAGCACCGGAAGAAAAUGGAACGCUUCUGCGUCACAGACUGCGAGGUGAUUUGCCUGGACUGCCGCGAUUCAAGGAAGCACUUGCACCACGAUGUCCUCAAUGUGCAAGAGGCUGCUGAGGAGUUCAAGGGACAACUUCAGAAGUCUGUGACUAAACUGCAAGCCAUGAUUGAUAAACGCAAGCUGGCAAAAAGCAAGUAUGAAAGUUUGCUGGAGGAUAUCUCGGACAUGAUGCAGAAUGUGAUGGAGAGCAUCAAGGAGAGCUUCGAGCAGCUUCACAGCUUCCUCUACAAGGAGGAGUCUGCUCUGCUGCAGCAGCUGAAAGCUGAGGUGAACCUGCAGAGCACCCAGCUGCAAGAGAAGAUCGAUCAGAUCCCCAAAGACCUGUCUUCGCUGGACGCCAGCAUCAAGGCAGUGCAGAAGGAAAUGGGCCUACUGGACAACAUUGAUUUCCUACUGAAUCUAAAAGAAACACAGAAAAGAACAGAAGUUUUGGUGCCUCCCUUGGAACACGUUGUCAUGAAGGUGAAGCCUGAGAACUACCUAGGUCCUCUGCAGUACUGGACUUGGAAAAACAUGUUCAAGAUCUUAGACCCAGGUCUGUCUAAUCUGACUUUUGAUCCUGACACUGCCAGCUCCCACCUCUCCCUCUGUGGACCAACGAGAGUGAGGUACAACGAAAAGCCCAAGUUGGUUCCCGACAUCCCAGAGAGAUACAGCGUUGCCGCCUUCAUCCUGGCUACUGAUGGGUUCACGUCGGGAAGGCACUACUGGCAAGUGGACGUGGGAGAUGGGAAGGAUUGGAGUCUGGGUGUGGCAAGAGGGUCUGUCAACCGGAAGGGUGAUAUCCGGCUGUCUCCUAAGUAUGGAUACUGGACUGUGUACAGGGACAAGGACAAUUUUGGUGCUUUUUUGGUCCACCGUAAAGUGAUCGAGGUGAAGGACAUCCCUACACGGAUUGGGGUUUACCUAGACUAUGAAGGUGGAAGGGUUUCCUUCUACGAUGCAGAUAUUUUCUCUCAUCUCUUCACUUUCCAUGCCACCUUCACCGAGAAAGUCUACCCGUUCUUUCACCCGGGCUUGCACGUGACCAAGAGCAACCGGGGGAUGCUAAGAUUACACCACCUCUACUUGUGAGUGAGCCGCAAAUUCCUCAGGGCGACAAGUUCAACCUCCAGCUUCUGUAACGCACACUUGCUUUUGUUUUCUUUAUCUCUGCUGACCCUACGCCUUUAUGUUGUAGUUUCCCACUCCCCCACCCCGUCACCACUGCCCUCACCGAAUCUCCUAUAGCUACCAAUUCCAGAGGAGUUCGACAAGUGAGUCCAGCGGGCCAGUCACGCACUUUGCCUGCGGUUCUGUAGUGUGUCACAAAAUUAGGGAGUAUUGGUUCAUAGAUGCUUUAACAACAGUGUUUGGGUGGCACCAUAGCAUAACGGUUAGUAAAACGCUCUAACGGUGCCAGCAGGCUGGCUUCAAUUCCCACCACUGCCUCAAGGGGUUUGUUUGUUCCCUCUGUGACCAUGUUGGUUUCCUCCAGGUGCUCUGGUUUCCUCCCAUAUUCCAAAGAUGUACCGAUUAAGGUUACUGAGGUGUGGGCGUGCUAUGUUGCCUCUGGAAGUAUGGCAACACUUGCAGGCUCCCCGCAACACAAUCCUGUUGGUCGUUGAUGCCAAACAACAAAUUUCACUGCACGUUUCAAUGUACACGUGACAACUUAAUCCUUAUCUCUAACUCUUUUAAAAUCUCUAGUAAUAUUGGAUCAGCUUACCUGCGUUACCUUAAACAUGUUCUUCCUGGAUGCAUAUUGGUUUGGAGUUAACAACAUUGAUCUUUUUAAGAUCUACCUUACAUCUUUCCUUAAAAUUUCUUAUUAGUUUCCCUGUUGGUUAUUAAAAGGUGGGUGGACAGGGAAGAAUUUGGUUGUGGUGGUGAUUAAUUACUGGCUGUUGUGGAGUAUUCUGAAGUGGACAUGAAAUGAGGUAUGCAAAGCAAAUCUUCAUGCAGUCUGGGUAUGUUUAACUUGGACAUUGCAUAUAAUUGAAUAACUUUGCUGUUGACACAUUCCAGUUUGGUUCCAAACUAAAAUCUUGAAAUAAAAUCAGAAAUGCAUCUGUAGGAGGUGGGAGAGAAACACAAGAGUUAUCUUUUGAGGUUGAUGGUUUUUAGAACAGUACAGGCCCUUCAGCCCAUGACUUUCCUAACACAAUGUCAAUCGUUUUUCUUAAAAAAAACUACUAAUAGAUUUCUCUUUUUAAAAAAAACUCAAAUUAUAGCCAGUUUCCACUGCUGGCAGUGGGUGUGUUAGGACACUUUGUGUGUUAUUGCAUAGUGUGUUAGUGCUAUGACACGGCAGCACUGUUGUUCUUAAACACAAAAGAUUCUGCAGGUGCUGGAAAUCCAGAGCAACACAGGCAAAAUGCUGGAGGAGCUCAGCAGAUCAGGCACCGUCUAUGGAAAUGACUAACAGUUGACCCUUCUUCAGGACUGGAAAGGAAGGGGGAAGACACCAGAGUAAAAAGGUGGGGGGAGAGAAAGGAGGAUAUAACUCAAUCUCAUGAUGUUACCAUAUUGCAUCCUGCUUCAUUUUAACUUGAAGUUGCCAUUCAGUGAAACACCUGCCAUUAGCUUCACCCCUAUCCAUUACUGACCCCAAGCAUCAGAAUCAGAUUUACUGUCACUGAUAUAUUUUCUAAAAUGUGUUGUUUUGUGACAGCAGUACAGGGCAAUACAUAAAAUAUACUAUACAUAUACAUAUGUAAAAAAAUAAAUAAGCAGUGCAAGAAGAAAGCAAAAAAUAGUGAGGUGGUGUCCAUGGGUUCAUUGACCACUUAGAAAGCUGAUAGCGGAGAGGAAGCUACUGCUGGAACUGAGUGUCUCUCGUCAGACUCCUGAACCACCCCGUUAUGGUAGCAAUGAGAGGAGGGAAUCUCCUGAGUGUUGGGGGGGGGGGAUUCCUCAAUAAUGGAUGCUGCCUUUCUUUGAAGCAAUGCCUUUUGAAGAAGUCCUCGGAGGGAGCGGUUACUGCCCAUGAUGGAGCUGGCUGAGUUUACAACCCUCUGCAGCUUUUUUUUAAUGAUCCUGUGCAAUGGCCCCUCUAUACCAAACAACGAUGCAACCCAGUCAAAAUGCUCUCCAUGUGCAUCUGUGGAAAUUUACUAAGAGUCUUUGGUGACAUGCCAAAUCCCCUCAAAACUCCUAAUGAAAUAUAGCCACUGCCAUGCCUUCUUCAUAAUUGCAUCAAUAAGGUGGGCUCGGGAUAUAUCUCAGAUGUUGACACCAGGAACUUCAAACUGUUUACCUUUUCCACUGUUGACCCCUCAGUGAGAAGAAAUUAAAAGUAUUUGAGAACACAGUUGGACUAUACUAUUUGCUUAUUGAUGUACACCAAAAGACUUAAUCCACUACCUAUACUAAAUAACAUUUAUAAGACUGUAAAUGCAUAUUCAAAGUUCAGAGUAAAAUUUAUUAUCAGGGUACAUACAUGUCAGCACAUACAACCCUGUGAUUCUUUCAUGUGUGGGCAUACUCAGCAAAUCUAUAGAACAGUAACUGUAAAGGAGAUCAAUGAAAGAGCAAAGAGCAUAGAAGACAAACUCCUGAAAUGUAAUAUAUAUAUAUAUAAAUAGCAAUAAAUAAUGAGAGCACAAAAUAACAGGAUAAAGAGUCUUUAAAAUAAGAUCAUUAGUUGUGGGAACAUAUCAACAAUGUUAAUUGUUCUGUGGUGGCCGCAAGACUGCCCUGUAGUCAUUUUAAGUGGUGGUGAUCUGUUUUUCAUCUGACUACUCUUGGCUUGCCUACUUUGAGAAAUAUUUCACUGUGGAAUCUUGAGGUUUAAUCUGUUGAAAAGGUUAUACAAGGAGGGGCAACCUUGAUGAAGCUCAGGCAGAUUGGCCAGUUUAUCCUUAAUUCUGAUUUUAUGUGAACAAGUUAGUGAAAUUGCCUCGAAUAAUGGAUGGGUCAGGAAUCGGGAACUGAUAAUUUCUGGAGUUUGGUAGUUUAAUUGAACCAUUGGCAGCGUAGAUGCAGCGCCACCUCAUUGCGAGUCCAGAUGAUUUAUGUGAAAGAAAGGCUUGUGUUUCUUAGCUUUCAUGAUCCUGGGUGUCUCUUCAGUGCUUGUAAGCCAAUGAUAUGUUUACAGUGUUUUAUUCAUCCAUUUUCUGGAUUUGGAUAUUGUUGUCAUUGCUAUCCGUUGAAGGUGGACACUACCUUCUAUUGAUUGUUGCCUAUCUGUGCACAGCAUUCUCCUGCAAACAGCAGUGUGCUAAUCAGCAAUAAUUUAUUACAAGUAAUACUGAUAGAGGAACAAAUAUUGACCAGGGUACUGGCAAUAACAUCCAUGCCAUCUGUUGCAUUUACUGAAGAAGGUGGAUGGGAUUUCUGUGUAACAUCUCAUUGGAAAGAUGCCAGUCUGGUUCCUCAGCUACCUUUUGCAUGUGUGCACUCUAUGACAAUAUAGCAGGAAGCUGUUCUGUGUAUCAUGCAGUUCUUCCUCUCUCGUGCUUUUUGCAUUUUCUCUCAACUAUCUUAAUGAUCUAUCUUUCAUUUACACAUCAAAACUGCACUAAACUUUCAUUCACUCUAUUUACUGCUCUAGCACAUCAAAACUCAAAAAUCAGAACACCUACUGAACAAUAUGCAAAAAAAGAAGCGAUUAAAAUUCAAGCAGUAAGUUCCACCUUUGUCUGGUAGUGUUUAAACAAUCUAACCAUGUGCAUACCAUGGGGCUGAAACUGCCAAUUGCAACAGUCAAAACUAAAUUGGAUUUGAUUGUGGUUUUAAGAUAGGAGAAUGGAGACAAUCAUCCAUGCAUUAGUAAUUCCUUGUAAGAAUGGCACAGGAAUUAGUAGCUGAACUAAUUUAAACUUGCAUUAAUUCAUUUGAUUGACAUUCUCAUGGGAAGUGUAGAGGCUGCUUCAGGGCAAAUGUCAUAGCAAUAGUACAAAAAUUUGUAAUGCAGUCAAUCAAUCAGCUUUGAAAAUAUUAUGUCAGAAACUUAUACUAAUGUGCACUAAAUUAGCUGUUUUUUAAUAGCAGCUUUUUAAUUUUUGGGAACAUAAAUCAAUCUGUUUUAUUACAAUGUUGUAGAAAUAUUACUUUUGCAAUAAAGGCAUGAUUGUAAAUGACUUUGUUCUGAUAUUAAAAUAGCUGCAACUACGA